AUGAACUCCUUCAUAUGUUCAACUUGUCGAGCUUCCCUUCGAAAAACCUCUCGAAUCCGCGGUAUUCCCGCAAUACGUCACAACUCCAGCUCCUCAACACCCAACCCGCAACCCGGUUCCCCAAAAGCAACACCAGAACCACUCAAAACCCCCUUCGACAUCGCCUCCUUCCUCUCCACCCCCUCCUGGUCCGUCCGCGCCCUUUUCCCCGACCCCACCACGCCCCUCAAACAAGAAAUCACGCCCAAACAACUCCACCACCUCCUCCGUCUCUCCGCCCUCCCCCAGCCCAAGUCCCCAGACGAGGAAGCAGAGAUGCUAAAAACACUGCACACCCAACUGCAUUUCGUGCGGGACAUCCAAUCCGUGAACACGGAGGGCGUGGAGCCGCUGCAGAGCAUACGGGAUGAGACGACCGCGGGGAUCAAGGCGUCGACGAUUACGCUGGAGAGCUUGCGACAUGCGUUGGAGGAGGAGGGGGUGACGCCGAGGAACAGGAGACCGAGGAGGGUCGUGGAGCAGGUCCCGAAGGCGGAUCCGAGGAAGACGCCUGUGGUGAGGAUUGAGAAUAGCACGAUGGGAACAAGCGAGAACUGGGAUGUUAUGGCGACGGCGGGGGAAAAGGUUGUUACGCCUUCGGGGAGUUAUUUUGUGGUUAGGAGUGGGGAGGUGGGGGAGGAGAGGCUGAGUAGAGGGGGCCCAACGUCUGUAGACGAGGGAGAGAAUCGGUUGUAG